CAAUCAGUUAACAAACUGCUGAUGUUAUGGGUAUUUUGCCCAUUUUUUCAGUCAGCACUUUAGAUCGUAGGUACAGCGAACAAAAAGACUAAGUAAGGAGGAGACACAGGGACGCGGGAUGGACUACAGACUGAUCAUUGCGCUGCUGCUGUGCUUCAUCCGACCAAGCAAAAGUACCGAAGAUAUUGGAACGGUUUCUCCUACAAAGACGCCAGAUGUAUCUCUUUGCCCAAGCUUGGACCUUCCUCCCGAGGUCUCAGAUCCCUCAAAAGAUGAAUUCAGUGUAACUGAACAGCCUGUUACCCUAAAAAGUCUUCCCCUGGACCACACCCAGUCCCCUCACACCGAGAGCUCGACGGGUAGCUGUAUGUGCACUGAGGAGCCGGGAACCAGUGUUUCAGACAAGGAACCGAAACCCACGCAAACUCCCCAGGAGUUUCAGGCGCUGGCGAGUCAGCCCAAGCCCGAGGUGAAGCCUGAAGACUGCAGCUCAUCUGUCACCAGGGAACAGAUGGAGAGUCUGGGGAACGCCAUCACUGACUUUGGCAUGGACUUGUUCAAGAAACUGUUGAAUGAAACAAGUAAACCAAACAUUGUCAUCUCCCCGCUGAGCAUCACGCUAGGCCUGGCUCAGCUCGCUCUGGGUUCCAUGAACCAGACCGAGAGCCAGCUCCGCAGGACCCUCCAUUUUAAUUCAUUCCCCUGCGCCCACCACUCUCUCCGCCUCAUGCAGAAGGAGUUCACAAACCAGGCCUUGCAGAUCGCUUCAAGGAUUUAUGUAAAAAAAGGAUUCCACAUUAAAGACGAGUUCGUCCAGACAUUGGAGAAGUAUUACAAGUCACAGACCCAGCUUCUCAAGGGCAAAAGUGCAGAUGACACAAAGGCGAUCAACAAGUGGGUGGAAGAGGUGACAAAAGGAAAGAUUAAAGAAUUUCUGCGCGAGGUUCCCAGCAACAUCAUCUUGCUCCUGCUCAACGCCAUUCAUUUUAAAGGGUAUUGGAAAGCAAAGUUUGAUCCGAGUGUCACCGCAGAAGGCUUGUUUUACGCGGAGGAUGGGAAGAGCUUCCCCGUGCAAAUGAUGCAGCAUCCGAAAUACCCGCUGAGUGUCUUCAUGGACGAUAAUCUUAACGUUGAGGUUGCCAAGUUUUCCUUCAAGCAGAACAUGAGCCUCAUUGUGAUCAUCCCAAUAAUGGACAGUAACAUCAGCAGCGUGGCCAGUGAGCUAAACAUACAGGAACUGCUGCCUAGGUUCCCCAGAACGAAGAACAUUAUGGUUAAGUUACCGAAGCUGGAUGUGGACUACGAUGUCGAUCUGAACAAUGUCUUAAAAGAACUCGGUCUGGGGGUGAUUUUCUCCCACCCUGACUUCAGCCGCAUCUCGGACCAGCCUCUGUUCGUGUCCAGUGUGAAGCACAAGGCCACACUGGAGCUGAAGGAGGAGGGAGUAGAGGCAGCAGCUGCUACCGUCGUCGCCAUGAGCAGGUCCUUCUCCAUGUUCAGCAUCAACCGGCCCUUCAUCUUCUUGAUCCGGGACGACCACUUUGGCAUUCCCCUCUUCCUGGGAAGCAUCAAGAACCCGCAACCCCGUUACCACAAGAAGGCCCAGUACCAGCCGUACAUGAGCUACGAUGAAGAUCUGAGGUCAGAGAAGUUGCUCGGCCCCAAGUGAGGAGGUCCUGGAGACACUGGUUACCCUGGCAAUGCCUCGCCCGCCCGGCCGUGACACCACACGCAAAUGUAUUUUUAUUUUUUACAAAUUAAUAAACAAUGAAUCGUAACCUUC